GUGAGGGAGUGAGUAAUGGCGAGAAUAUUGGAACUUGUGGCCGGGAAGGAGACACUAGACGUUAUGGCUGCUAUUAAGACGUUAAAUCCUAAAGCAGAGGUGGCUAGGGCUGCCCAGGCUCUGGCUAUUAAUAUUUCCGGUGCCAGGGGCAUCCAGGACGUGUUGAGGACCAACUUGGGGCCUAAAGGAACCAUGAAAAUGCUGGUGUCUGGUGCUGGCGAUAUCAAAAUUACCAAAGACGGCAAUAUUUUACUCCAUGAAAUGCAAAUACAACACCCAACGGCCAGCAUGAUUGCCAAGGCUUGCACAGCACAAGAUGACAUAGUCGGUGAUGGCACCACCUCGACCGUACUUCUAAUUGGCGAGAUGCUCAAACAGGCAGACAUUCAAAUUCAAGAUGGUCUGCAUCCAAGACUUAUUGCAGAGGGCUUUGAUUUUGCCAAGGUGAAAGCUCAAGAGGUACUUGAUAAGGUCAAGAUCACUGAAGAGAUGAGUCGUGAGCGUUUGUGUCAGGUUGCACGUACCGCCCUUCGCACAAAAGUUCACUCGGAAUUGGCCGACAAGCUGACAGAGGUUUGCGUUGAUGCAGUGCUAGCCAUUAAGGAGGACCAAAAACCACUGGACUUGCAUAUGGUGGAGAUUGCUGAAAUGCAGCACAAGACAGAAUUGGACACCCAGUUAGUAAAAGGUCUAGUGCUAGACCAUGGUGGACGUCAUCCAGAUAUGCCGAAACGUGCCACAAAUGCUUACAUUCUCACCUGCAAUGUUUCCAUGGAAUAUGAGAAGACUGAGGUCACUUCUGGUUUCUUCUACAAGUCUGCAGCUGAAAGAGAAAAACUUGUAACAGCAGAAAGAGAAUUCAUUGAAAACAGGGUGAAGAAAGUAAUUGAGUUGAAGAAGAAGGUUUGUGCUGGCAAUAACAACAUGUUCGUUUUAAUAAAUCAAAAAGGAAUUGAUCCCAUGUCCCUGGACAUGCUGGCGAAAGAAAACAUAUUAGGUUUAAGACGAGCCAAGCGCCGCAAUAUGGAGAGACUUGCAUUGGCAUGUGGCGGAAUGGCUGUGAACAGCUUCGAUGAUAUGACAGAAGAGGUCUUGGGUUUUGCUGGCAGUGUUUACGAGCAUGUAUUGGGAGAAACUAAGUAUACAUUUGUUGAGGAGCUGAAAAAUCCUCACAGUGUAACUAUACUUAUUAAGGGAGCCUACAAACACACCCUCCAGCAGACCAAAGAUGCUAUUCGGGAUGGUCUUAGGGCAAUCAAGAAUGCCCUUGAUGAUAGUGCAUUAGUACCUGGUGCAGGAGCCUUUGAGAUUGCAGCAUACGAUGCUUUAAUGAAAUACGAGAGUGAUGUUAAAGGCCGUGCUCGCUAUGGUGUACGGGCGUUCGCUGAUGCUCUUCUAGUUAUUCCAAAGACACUUGCUAGUAACAGUGGAUAUGAUCCAAUGGACAGCCUGGUAAAGCUGCGAGAAGAGUAUAAGAACAGUGGAGGACUACCAGUGGGUCUAGAUAUUAGCACAGGAGAGGCUGUCAACCCAAGUGAUGCUGGCAUAUUUGAUAACUAUUGUGUUAAAAGGCACAUGCUUGAUGCAUGCUCGGUCAUUGCACGCAAUCUCCUCAUUGUUGAUGAAAUCAUGAGAGCUGGACUAUCACAGCUGAAGUAGAGAACUACUGCAUUAUUCUUUGCACCGUCUUACCAAGGAUCUUCUCGCAGCUGGAAUGAUCCCAUUUACACCAGACUCCAGCUUAAACAAAAUUCACAUAAUGAUAUUGCUUGGCUAUGCCUCUUUUUUUUUUACUAAUAAAGUUCCAUAAUGCAAUU